AUGGCUCCCACCACUCCGAAGACGCCCAAGAAGGCCACUCCUGGCAAGAGGGUCCUCAGCACUGCCCUUCCCUCACCUGCCAGUCCGACCACUCGCGUGCGCAAAUCGCAGAAAGAUGCUCCCGACUUGGGCAGUGAAAUGGUCAUCGUGCUCCUCGGAGACGGCCCCAAAGACCUCCGCCAAACCAAAAUCUUUCACAGAAACCUUCUCAUGCCCGUCUCUGGCUUCUUCUCCAGAGGUCUCACCUCUGGAUUCAGAGAAGCCGCAACCAAAAUCUUUGAAUUGGAGGAAGAAGACUCUGCCACGUUCUCGGUGUUUGAGCAGUGGGUUUACAGGGAUCCCUCUGCCGUCACCGCCUCUGCUUCUGCUGCUGCUUCAGAUGCCGAAGACGAUGAUCAGCAGGAAUGGGAAUGCUUGCCUCGUCUUUAUACGCUCGGUGAACGCCUCGAUGCUCCAAAGUUCAAAGAUGCGGUUGUCUCGGCCAUUAUCGAAAAAGUCGCAGAGACUGAAGUGAUGCCCGACAAUUGGGCUUCGUAUGUGUAUCAAAACACUGUAUCAGGCAAUGCACUGCGUCGCUUGAUUGUCGAUUUUCAUGUAUUUGCUCACCAGAGCAGAUUGUUGAAGAAGGGUGCCUGUCCUGAUGCUGUAGAGCCCGAGUACGAGUUUCUGCAGGAUGUGGUGCAGAGAAUUGCUGAAGUGGGACUCGAGGUAUUUACCGCUGGUGGCGAGAUGCCUUGGACUGAUGCUUGUGUUUAUCAUGAGCAUGAGCAGGGUGCUUGUCAUUUGGCUGCUGCUGAAGAGGAUGUUGUUCAUACGGUUUACAGUCUCUAUGGAACCCCUGAGACGCCCCUUAGACGUAGCGCUCUUGCCCAGUUGGAGGUGUUUGAAGUCAACGAGCCUCGUCCUCUGGUGUCGCACUUGCACUGGACAGUGCUCAGGCCGUCUAAUUCUGGUGACCUCACGUCUCUUUUUGAGUAUUGA